UUUAUCAGUUAAACAAAAAUAAUACUCGUAUAAAGAGUUCCUGUCAUAAGUUAAAUAAUUAAUUGUUAAUCAGAAGAAAUCUCCGGCGAGAAAUGGAAGCGAUCAGGAAACAGGCGACUAAGCUCCGGGAACAAGUUGCCAGACAACAACAGGCAGUCUUCAAGCAGUUUGGCGGUGGAGGUUACGGAGGUUCAGAUAAUAUGGUAACUGAUGAGGCAGAACUCAUGCUUCACCAAAAACUCGAGAGGCUAUACAUAUCUACACGUGCUGCCAAGCAUUUUCAAAGAGACAUUGUUCGUGGCGUUGAAGGAUAUAUAGUCACUGGCUCCAAACAAAUUGAAAUAGGAACUAAAUUGUCAGAAGAUAGUAGGAAAUAUGGAAUUGAGAAUACAUGCACUAGUGGAAAUACGCUAUCAAGAGCUGCAGUCAACUUUUCACGAGCUCGUGUCCAGAUGGAGAAGGAACGAGGAAAUCUACUAAAAUCUUUUGGCACACAGGUUGCAGAGCCAUUAAGAGCAAUGGUUAUGGGAGCUCCCCUUGAAGAUGCUCGACAUCUUGCUCAACGUUAUGACAGAAUGCGCCAAGAGGCUGAAGCACAGGUCAUUGAAGUUACUAAACGGCAAGGAAAAGUGAUGGAUGGAAGUGGGAAUCCAGACCUAUUUGCGAGACUUGAAGCAUCUGAAUCAAAGCUACAAGACUUGAAGUCCAACAUGGCAAAAUUGGGAAAGGAAGCUGCAUCAGCAAUGGCUGCAGUUGAAGCUCAGCAGCAAAAAAUGACACUACAGAGACUUAUAUCCAUGAUCGAAUCAGAACGUGCAUACCAUCAGAAGGUAGUUCAGAUUCUUGAUAAUCUUGCAGGGGAGAUGGUAAUAGAGCGACAACGAAUUGAAGCAGCUCCUCCCCCAACUAUGGAAACACCUCCUCCUCCCCCUCCUCCAUCAUACGAAGAAGUCAAUAACACGUCAACGACGCCAAUGCAAAAUGGUUCAAAUGACGGGGUGGAUUACUUUUUAGGAGAGGCUUUGUUCCCAUAUAAUGCAGAGUCUGAUGUGGAGCUUAAUUUAUCAUCUGGUGAUUAUGUUGUUAUCAGAAAGGUAUCAAAUAACGGCUGGGCUGAAGGUGAAUGCAAAGGAAAAGCUGGCUGGUUCCCUGUUGAAUACAUUGAAAGACGAGAGCGUGUUCUUGCAAGCAAGGUUACUGAGGUCUUUUAAAGUAUGUUUUCUCUACUUUGGGCUUCGGCCGUUGGCCUUCAAAAUACCAAUUAUUUUGUAUGUAAUUUUAGCAUUAUUAUAAAAUAUAUAGAUAGCUUAUUUCAAUUUUUACAAGACAAAACAUAUAUCUUUUGCCUACUGUUGUUCUGAUUGGAUAUAGUCAGCCCUAGAGCUUUAACUUUAUACCCUUUUGUAUGUAUCAUGGUGUUCAUUAUGUAUUGGUUUGUUUGUGUGUCAUUCUUUAGUUUAAAGUU